UAUAGCGCCCCCUCUCGGCGGUGAGGGUUUUAAGGCUUGUUGUUCUGUAGUGUUAGCAAUCAUUAGCUACCGGUCAGAAGAAUUAGUAGCGCAAUGUAUUCCGGUUUCCCCGGUGGAUACGAGAGCGACGGCAGUAACGAUGAGUGGUAUAUUGGGACUUAUCCAGAUAAGAAAUCUUCUUGCAUCACUGUUACCUCAGAUAAGGAUCUGGAUGUUGCACUACAUGCAGGAGAUAAUGUGUCAGUGCUGAAAAGAGCCAUCAGUCAAGGAGACAUUGGGACUGUUGAACAGCUGCUGGACAGUGGUAUGGACGUGGAGACCAGGCUUGGCUUUGAGUGGACUCCUCUGAUGUGUGCCGUUAAUGUGGCUAAUUAUGACCUGGCCAAACUGCUGCUGGACAGAGGGGCCAGCGCCAACUUCAGCAAAGAUCACUGGACGGUGCUCAUGGCCAGCUGCACGGCGUCUGCUAGUGAAGACAAAAUUACACGCUGCGUGGAGCUUCUGCUGUCCAGAAAUGCUGAUCCCAACAUGGUGGACAGGUCCCAGAUGACCUGCCUGGGGUUGGCAGCCAGGGAUGGCUAUAGUAAGGUCAUCGACCUGCUGGUGUCCCAUGGAGCUGAAAUCAACGUCCAGGAUAGCAAUGGAUACACGGCUUUGGCUAUAGCAGUGCAGUAUGGCAGAAUGGAGGCAGUGCUAAAGCUGCUACAGCUGGGAGCAGACAAAUAUAUUAGGACCAAUGCUGGCAAGAGCCCUGCUGACCUGGCUGUCACCUUUAAACACAGAGAGAUAUCCAGCGACCUGGCCGCUUCAUCUCACAUCUCAUCUGCGCAGCCCUUCAGCUCCAUGAAGAACAUCCUGUCUAAGUUCUUCAGCACUAAAGAUGAACCUCCAUCUUCCAAGGAAAGUGUAAAAAAGCUUGAUGAACUUCAGCUCCUCCUACAUGGCCUCGAUCUUGACUACCUCACUGACAAGAUGACUGUAAGUAUUAACUGCAUGGAAAAUGACAUCACCUGGAGCUGCCUAUUGACCAUGGAGAAGGAGGAUCUCGAGAAGAUUGGAAUCACAGACCCGGUGGACCAGCAGAAGUUGCUGAGUGCUGCACAGCAGAUGCACCUGCACGGAGUGGACCUGGACACACUACUGUUGAUCAAGGGACUUAACCAGCUGCAUACUGCUGGAAAAGGCCAGGCCAAGUCGACUUUCUCUGGAAUGAAUGACGUUCACAACAAAGUGGGGCCCAUCAUCACUCUCUGCUCCCUAGAUAAACUAACAGCAGGGAAGAGGGAGCAGUGCUGCUACCUGACGGAGACAGUUCAAGCGAUCAUUAGCCGGUUUCCCUGCAAUGCCUCUCAGCUGGUCUUCGAACUGGACUCAGAGAAGAGGGCUCAGGUCACCUGCAACCAGAUCAUGAUCCAGAUUAACGACCUCCAGAAGGAAGUCACCAUCCUCCACAAUCUCCUGUUCCAGCACAUAGACGAUGAGCGGGCUGAUGGAAAGGGGAGGCUGGGGGCACAGGGAACUGAGGCAAAGGCGCAGGUUGGCGGGGUGAGGGAGUUUAAACUGGGAGAAAGGGGAUGGGAAGAGGUGGUGGUACGGGACAGGAAUCUGACAGCCAAUGGAGUCCAUUUGGACCCACUGGCUCCCAGCCUGGGGAGUAAGGGCCCUUCACAUAUGAACGAAGCUGGAGAUUGCUGUCAUCUUCCUCAGCCUGGUUCCCGUGGCAACUGGAGGAUGCAGUUUCUAACCAGAGUGGCACUGAGCGCCCUUGGAGCCACCUUCCUCUUGCUCUUCUACCAAGCUUUCAGUGGGAAGGUUUAG